UUGCACAUUACCUAAUUCAAGAUGCGCUACAAUUUGUUUUCGCGUGCUGUCAGCUUAUUGAAUCAAAAUCAAAACAAAAGAGGGCAGUUAUUAUUGUUGCGCGGUGCUGCAAGCAACAAUGCAAGUAGCCUCAAUGCACAGCCGAGAGAGGGAAACAGUGGACAGGAGGAGGUGACAACGGCGACGUCGAAGGAUGCAGAAAAGUUGCCGGCACGUGAACCGUUAGUCAAAAACUUCUUUCUGGGAUUAACGGACAAGGAGCUGCUGGGUUAUCCCGAGGUCAUACCACGAGAGGAUAUGGUGAAUCUGCAGAAUGCGUUGUUGCCACUCAAAAAUUAUUUUGCCGAUGAGCAAUCAACACAAUUGGCGGACAAUCUGAAGCAAUUGGGACUCUAUGGAUUGAAUGUGCCCAAGGAUUACGGGGGCAGAGGUUACAAAUGGAGCGCCAGUUUGAUAGCCAGUGAACCGGAAUCCUCGCACACAAGUCUGGCCUUAAGUUUGAACUCGCAUCGCGUUGUUGUCGAUCUGCUGUGUGAGUUGGGAACCCUGGAGCAGCAACAGCGUUAUUUGGCAAGCCUGGGCAGUGGGGAUUUGAUAGGCAGCGAGGCUGUCUUGGAGUAUACACCACCAGAGGAUGAUUUCUUUGGCACUCGGGCCAGCUACGAUUCCGACAAACGCAUCUGGACAUUGCAGGGAGAAAAGGCAUUUGUUGUUGUUGCCCCUGGAAAGGGACAGCGUCAACUGUUCCUGGUCCUGGCCCAAACACAGCAGUCGAAUGUGCCUGGCAAUCUGGGACGUGGCAGCACCAUCUUUCUGGUGGAUUCCCAGCAGAAAGGCGUUCGUCUGGGCGAAGCACAUGAGACAUUUGGUUGCACCGAAGCCUCCAUGCAUCGCAUUCACUUUGACCAGGUGCAAUUGAGGGAACGGGACAUCUUGGGAUUGCCCCAUGAGGGCAACCAAUACUCGGAGCAACUCGUGCGUGCCUCACGACUGCGCAGCAGUCUCCUCGGCAUUUCCCUCUCCAAGCGUCUGCUCAAUCAGCUGACCAACUACAGCGUCGAUACAACUCAAGGCGGCAUUCAGAUGAAAGAUUUGGAGCUGAUGCGUGUUCAUUUAUCGCAAUUCACCUGCUCCAUUUAUGCCAUGGAGAGCAUGCUGUACAUGAGCGCAGGUCUCUUGGACGAGUUUGCUGGCCAGGAUGUGACGCUGGAAAGUAGCAUUACCAAAUAUUAUACACUGCAACAACUCUACACAAUUGCCACACAAAGUCUUGGUCUGUUGGGACCACAAAGUUUGCACCGUGGACAGCCUUGGGAGCGGGGACUGCGGGAUGCGGCACAGCUCUGCACACAGGGUGAAUCCUUGAGCACGCUGAGCAUGUUCAUCGCUUUGUCGGGAUUGCAAUAUGCUGGACAAAGAAUGAAUGAAGGCGUACGUAAAUCUCGUAAUCCUCUCUUUCAUCCCGGUCACAUCUUGGGCAAGUUCCUCUCCACGAACAGUCUGGAGAAUCCCAAGACACGCCUCCAGCUUGCUGAGAAUGUGCAUCCCACUUUGGAGCCGGCUGCCCAGUGCAUUGAGCACUCUGUGGCACGUCUCAAUAUGGCUGUGGAACUCAUGUUCACGCGACAUGGCAACGCCGUGGUGGAACGUCAACAUGAGAUGCAACGCCUGGCCAAUAUUGCCACCCAUAUUUAUGCAAUGUGGGCGAGUGUGGCACGUGCCUCACGCUCAUAUUGCAUCGGUCUCUCUCUCGCCGAUCACGAGAUGUUAACUGCCUCGGCAAUUUGCACUCAAGGAAAGGAUGACGUCAUGCGUCUGGCAUCGGAAAUCUUCAAUGGCAACUAUGUCAACAAUGACAACAAUCUCUUGCGACUCUCUUCGCAGGUGGCAAAGAGCAAAGGUUACUUUCCAGUUCAUCCGCUCACAUUUAAUUUUUAAGUGUUGAUUCAUUGUUAUUGGCUAUGCUACAAAUUAAACUAUAUUAAAAUUGUAUUAUAUUGU